AAUAUGCCUCAUUUUGGUCGCCAUAUUUAUCAGGACGAGGUCCAGUCAAUGAUUUCGAGACAUACACAUGAUGGUAAAAUAGCAAGAAAACAUAAGAUGAAUCUGGUCUUUAACUUACCGUAGAACAUGACAGAACUGGAUGUGGUCAGUUCAUCCACUGACCUCGUUUCCUCAGUUUAUGACCCAUCUAGCCAAUCUUCAAUUUCUGAUUCCAGUUCAGGAUUGGUGGUAGCUGAUGAGGAAAUAUCAAGCUUAGAUACAGAUUCAUUACAUGUGUCUUUAGCUCCAAGUCUAGCCAAUCCAACAAUCCAAGGUUUAUUAUCUUCUCCAGUCAGUCUGACGAAUGCUCAGCUGAUUGGUCAUCCAGAAGGCAUACAGAUUAUCACACUCAACAAUCCAAAUGAAAUACUAUCUGCGGGAAAUACAGAUUCAACAAGAUGGCAGCUUGCUACAAUUAUAACUGUCGGUGACGAAAAUGUGGAACAUAAUGGGAAGUCAGAAGUACAAGGUUUGGAGGAAGGGAGUUCUAAUGAGGUGACCCCAUCAACAUCAGAUGACAGUGUGUUAAUGCCACCCCCUCCUGUCCCUGAGUUGAUGCCACUUCCUGCUGAUGCUCCAGAAUGGGCCAAGAGAAUAAGGUGUUGUGAGAAAAUUGGAGAUUAUUACAGAGGAUAUGUUGAGAGUGACAUGGAUCUUGACCUCCUUUUGACUUUCCACAAACAACAAACACAGAGUCUGUGGGGUACCAGACAAUCACCCAGUCCAGCCAAACCUUCGACAAGAUUAAUGUGGAAAUCACAGUAUGUUCCUAUGGAUGGUAUACCAUUUGUAAAUACAGGAAGCAGAGCAGUUGUGAUGGAGUGUCAGUAUGGACCUCGGAGGAAGGGUAAUCCACACAAAAAAGAGACCAAUGCUUCGGGAGACUAUAAACUCACCUGCCCCGCUAGGAUUUAUGUGAAAAGAGUAAAGAAGUUUCCAGAAUUUUCUGUAGAUUUGAAUCUAGAUAAAAAGACAUUGAAGAUGGAAAUGGAUAGAGCUUUUCAUGAAUUAAAACAGACUGGUUUUAAUGGAUUUGGACAGGAAAGAUAUUAUGUACAGCUUCCAACAGAAAAAGCCCACGAAUUCCAUGAUAUGUCCUCCAUCCCUGCCGUCCAACCUGUUGUACCUGUACACACUGUAGAGCCAGAGGUGGACACAGAUCAGAUAACACAUAGACUGGAUCCUAGGGUUGCUCAGAAAAUCAGAGAUCUUAUAGCUAGUGGAGAAACCAGAGUUUAUGCCAUCAGAAAACAAUUGAGAGCAUUUGUAACUAGAGAUCUAUACCAUGGGGGUAAUGUUCCAGAGAGACAUGACCUGACAUUAUUUCCUACUGUUAAUGAUUUAAAGAACCAUAUCCAUCAGGCAUUAAAAGAUGUAGAAAAUGGGACACUGCCUCUUACAGCACCUACAGUUAAUGUAGAGAUAAUUGGAAAUGACAAUUCUAGAGAAUCUAGCGGAGACCAGUCAUUAUGGUUGCAACAAGGCGGGGGAUCAGAUGGCAGUGAACCAGUUCCAGAAACAGUAACUGUGACAUUGACUCAACAACCUGGUGAAGAUGGCCAUCAUGUAAUAUCUAGAAUAGAAACACAUCUUAGUGAUGGCACCACCAGAGUGAGUACAACCUUGACUCCUGAGACUGCUCAGUUGUUGUCAAGACUACAUCCAAAUAUGUUCCCAGCAGGAUCACUUUUACAGCAACAAAUUGACCAAGCAGUUACAUCAAUAUCUGAAAAAAUACUGACUGAUCAAAAACCUGAUGAAACUAACGAUGUAAACACAGAUGAAAAUAAUUUUUCCUCUGUUGACAAUUUUAUGCCAAGUUUUAGUACAAGUGACAGUUUAGUGACAAGUUUUAAUUCUGUACCAAAUCUUUCAAUUGACGGUUUACAGUCAGAAGAUGGCAUUAGUUCUCAAUAUACAAUAGAAAAUCUAGGUCAACAUAUAGGUUGUGAAAAUUUAGAUCAGAGCAUGAACUCGAUAGAAAAUACAUCACAAAUUGGUGAAGAAGGAAACAAUGAUAUGAGCAAUAUAAUUCCAAAAUCAGAAAAUUCAGAAAUUUCAGAAUCUCAGUCACAAACACACAUUCAGACAACUGAGCUAGGAAUCAAAAGAAAAAGUGAAACAUCUCAUUUGCAGAUUGAUCCUUUACCUUCAGAAAGUCAAAUAAGUGGGACAUCGUCACAGGUGGCGCCACUUGAAAUAAACACAUUAUCUGGAGACAUGACUGGAAUCAUUCAAAUACCGUACUCUGUCAAUGGAUUACAAAUUAUACCAAUUUCUGGAGUAGGAAACAACUUGUUUAGCUUUUCUAACGGUAAUAUUCAUCCUGUUCAAAUCGGACAAAUUACAUCAGACGAUAAUGUUUCUCUGGCUUAUUCUUCAUCAGAUUGCACAGAUAUGCAGAUUGAUAACUCACAGUCUAUUGCAGAUAUGCAAAUUACUUUUUCAAAUGAUGAUGUCGAUUCUUCCCAACUUGAACAUUAUAGUAUAAAACUAAACCAUAAAGAAAAUGAAGAUGUGCAAUCAAAUCAAAUUAGUUCAGAAAUGUCACAGGAGGAAAUGGAAACGGCCAUUGAUGAAUCUUUGAUGCAGGGUAACCUUGAGGAUUCCUGACCAUGCUCACAUUCAGACAGUAUUGAUAAUUUGGCAAGAGUUAAAACAUUAUAAUGAUCACACAGUUCUAAGUGCUUCUGAUCUUUAUAAUUCAUAAUAGUCUUUUAAAUUAUUGCUAUUUAAGAUAAAACAAUGAGAUGUGAAAUAUUGAGUCACUUUAAAUUAAAGAUAAAUAUUU